AUGUCAAAAUCAAGCAAGAAUGGCAAGAUCACCGACUCGCGGUUCUCCAGCUUCGAGACCGACCCGCGCUUCCGCCUGCCCUCGAAGAAGCAGACAAAGACCAAGAUCGACAAGCGCUUCGCCGGCGUGCUGAAGGACGACGCCUUCACGGCCACCGCAAAGGUCGACCGCUACGGCCGCAAGAUCAAGUCCGACUCGAAGAAGAAGGCGCUGCAACGGCUCUACGAGGCGGAAGAUGACGACGAGGAGGAGGAUGAGGAAGAGGAGGACGGUGGUGAUAUGGAGGUCGACGCCGACGACGUGGUGCAGCGCGAGCUGGCUAAGGCGGAUGCCAAAUACGACCCGGCGCGCGGCGGCGGCUUCAGCGAGUCCGAGUCGGAAUCCGAGUCGUCGGACGACGACGAUGACGAGGAGGAGGCGGAGGUCGCCGCCGACCCGAAGGCGUCCAUGUCACGGCUGCGCGACGAGCAGGCCGAGGUCGAGGACGGCGAGGUCACGACGCGGAUAGCGAUUGUCAAUCUCGACUGGGACAACAUCAAGUCGGCGGACCUGUUUGCGCUGUUUACGAGUUUCCUGCCGUCGACCGGCGGGCGGAUCGAGAAGGUGGCCAUCUACCCGAGCGAGUUCGGCAAGGAGCGCAUGCAGAGGGAAGAGCUCGAGGGCCCGCCAAAGGAGAUUUUCAAGAGCGACAGCGACGAGGAGAGCGAGGAGGAGGAGGAGGACGAGGCGAUCAAGAAGGAGCUGCUGGAGGAGGGCGACGCCGAGGACUUUGACAGCGACGCGCUGCGCAAGUACCAGCUUGACCGCCUGAGGUAUUACUACGCCGUCAUGACGUGCUCCGACAAGGCGACCGCGCAGAAGGUGUAUGAGGCGACCGACGGCACGGAGUACCAGUCCUCGUCCAACUUCCUCGACCUGCGCUUCGUGCCCGACGACGUCACCUUUGACGACGAGCCAAGGGACGAGUGCGACAAGGUGCCGGAGGGAUACAAGCCCGUCGAGUUCACGACCGACGCGCUGCAGCACUCCAAGGUCAAGCUGACCUGGGACGUCAACCCAGACGACGCGGCGCGCAAGGCGUCCAUCAACCGCGCCUUCACCGGCAGCCGCGCCCAGCUCGAGGAGAACGAUCUGAAGGCGUACCUCGCCAGCGACAGCGAAGAUGACGGGGAGUCACUCGCCGGUGUCGAGGAGGAGGAUGUAGAGGAGGCUGAAGAGAAGGAGGAGGAGCCCAAGCUGUCCAAGAAGGAGCUCCAGCGCCGUAAGAUGAGAGCGAUGCUCGGCCUCGGCGCGGAGGAGGAGAAGAAGUCCAAGGACGCCCCCGUAGGCGACAUGGAGAUCACCUUCACGCCCGCGCUCACAGAAACCAAGAAGGACAAGAAGGAGGGCGAGGAGGAGACCACGAUCGAGAAGUACAAGCGCAAAGAGCGCGAACGCAAAGAGAAGAAGCGCGAGAUCGCCAAGGCCAAGCGCGGGGCCGCCGACGCCGAGUCAGACGUCGAGGUCGAAGAGGCCGCACCCGCCGCCGGCGAGGAGGACCUCGGCUUCGACGACCCCUUCUUCACGACUGAGGAGCCGCCCAAGAAGACCAAGACCUCGAUCCGCAAGGAGGAGCGCCUCGCCAAGCGCGCGGCGCGCGAGGCCGAGGAGAAGGCGUCCGCCGAGCAGAAGGCGCAGCUUAAGCUGCUCAUGGCCGACGACGGCGACGAGGCGGGCGAGCACCUGGACCACUUCGACAUGAACGAGAUCCUCAAGGCAGAGAAGGCGAAGAAGAAGAAGGGCAAGGGCAAGAACAAGAAGGGCAAGAAGGCCGGCGGCGACGACGACGACGACAAGGUCGGUCUGCAGGAGGGCUUCAAGAUCAACGUGGACGACGACCGUUUCAAGGCUGUCUUCGAGAGCCACGAGUACGCCAUCGACCCGAGCAACCCCAAGUUCAAGAAGACCGAGGCGAUGCAGACGCUGCUUGAGGAGGGCAGGAAGAAGAGGAAGGUUGGCGAUGACGAGGUGCCUGCGGAGAGGAGCGGGAAGAAGGCCAAGAAGGAGAGCAAGGGUGGUGACGCGGAGCUGAGCGGACUUGUUGCAAGUGUUAAGAGGAAGGCCAAGGCUGGUAAGAAAUAG